CACAUCAGUAAGUUAUCGACAUUCAUUGUUUACAUUAAGUUUUUUGAAAAUUUUAAAUCUGUUCGUUUCGUCUAAUAAUAUUAUUAUAUUUAUUACUAAUGUUUCGUUUUGACUGAAAUUUUCGGAUUACGAGAACGUAGAACUCGGUAAAUGUUACACUAAUCGGUUUGCAUGCACCGACAACGACGACUAUGGGGAAAGAACACAAAAAGCACAAGAAACACAAACAUUCAAAGAACAAACACAAAUCGAAGGAUGAACACGAAUAUCAUGUUCCGAUCGUUCCGCUCAAGAGCGACAUGCGUCCGAAAUCUGCGCCGACCGUGGACGAGUCGAAAGACACCGCAGCAGCCAAACAUAUUGGACCGAUUCUGCCACCCGGUCUGUCGAGCACCGUCGGUGAGAAACACAUCGGACCAAUUCUGCCACCCGGUCUGUCCAGCACCGUCGGUGGCAAACACGACGAGACCGUUUCACCAAGUCCGGGUCCCGGUGAACCUAACCACUCGUAUGGACCCAGCUUACCACCACAUCUGGUGCCGCAGAAACGCGCUCCAGGACCGUCGUUGCCUUUAGAUUUCAAAUUAGAAGAGAGUGUAGUCGCCCAGCAGAUCGACGACGACAUUUCGGGUAUUGGUCCAUUGCCUGCCGAGUUGAUAACUUCCGAUUCCGAACAACUGUUCAUACAGAAGCAAUUAGAAUUGAGAGCCGAGUAUAUGAAGCGAAAAUUUGCUGGAGAAGUAUAUGAUGACGCCAAACAAGAAACGGUUCGAGAAAAAUGGAUGUUAGAGUUACCACCAGAAAAAGCCGCCAAUCUAGGUUUAGGGGCAAGGCAGUUCAGAAAACGAGAGGCUCCAGACAUGAGUAAUCGAUCGGAAUGGACUGACACACCAUCAGACAAACAACGUAAAGUUCAAGAACCAAAAUCUGCUGGUGAAACUGAUUUGGAAGCAUUGAAACUGAUUGCAAUUCAAAAACGUGAUGAGGAAAUGGAAAAACUGGCAGAAACUUCAGUAAAACGAAAACCCUAUUCAUUAUUAGAAAUGCACCAAGAAAAACUAAAAAAACAAAAAAAGGAAAAGGAAAAACUUAAAGAAGAACCUGUAGAAAGAAGACCGUUUAGUAGGGAAAUUGAUCUGCAAUGUAACAAAUUUGAUGAUGCUCAGAAACAAUCAAUAUUGAAAAAAGCCAGUCAGCUAAAUAAUAGGUUUUCUCAAGGCGAAUCUAGGUUUCUCUGAAUCUAAAUUAAAUUAAUACUAUUUAAUUAUGACUGGUUGGUAUUAUCCAGUGAUUAACAUCUAAAUAUUUUUAUUGAGUGUACUUCUAAUUUUCUUGACUGAACUUUAAUACAAAAUAUAUUCACAAAUAAUUUGAAUGAAA